CGUUCAACGACGAAGCUCCUGGCUGGAUGAAGGAACUGAACGAAUAUCGUUUUGACGAGGAUUAUCAGACGGGUGUGCGACCAGUUGUUUCCGCGUCGUACGUAACGCGCGGACGAACGGGGGGGAUGCUGCGAUUCCGAUGUGUACAGUGAACGACGGGGACGCGUAGGGUCCUCCUCGUUUUCCCUGACCUUUUUUUUACCCCCACCCCACCCUCCCCCCUCUCACCGCCACGUAUCAGAAAUUUCAUCGGUGUUAAAAUUGUGCCCGAAUCAACGAUGGAUCUGAGCACCACGCCGAGACGAGCGACUGAGGGUGUGAGUGACCUUCAGAAAACAAGGGUCGCCAAGAGUGUCUUCAGCAUCCGUAGCCUUGUCGACGUCGAGGAAGCGGAUCUCCCAGCGGCCGAAGACACGGACAGAACGCAAAAUCAUUCGGCGCGAGGAGGAGGCGUCGAGCCAGCUGUCCCGCAGACGAGUCCUGCGAGCAGCACGAGCAGCUCGAGCCAGGUGAAUCAGCCGAGCCAGCCGCCUCGGCAACAAUCGGUACCGCCGCCUACAACGACAACAACACCUCAGUCCGCGCAAAUGGGAAUCUCUACGGAAGAGGUGAGGCCCGAGGAGGAGAGCAACCACCCCAGAGCCGCGCCGACCAGCCCUGAAAGCGAAGCGGAGGUCGACGACUUUGCUCCGAAAAGGAAGCAACGCAGAUAUAGGACUACCUUUACCAGCUUCCAACUAGAGGAACUCGAGAAAGCUUUCUCGAGAACUCAUUAUCCCGACGUGUUCACCAGAGAGGAGCUAGCCAUGAAGAUCGGUCUGACGGAAGCACGGAUACAAGUCUGGUUUCAGAAUCGGCGCGCGAAGUGGCGAAAACAGGAGAAGGUCGGGCCCCAGGCGCAUCCGUACAAUCCGUACUUGGGAUCAGGUGGACCGCCGCCAUCGGCGGUCGUCGCGCCGACCUUGCCGAACCCUUUCGCCCACCUGGGCACGUUCACGCUGCGGAAACCCUUCGACGCGUUUCGUUACCCGCCUCUGGGUCACGGACCGGUCCUCCCUGGUAGUUACACGACUCAUCCCUAUCAUCGGGCACCGCCACCUUUGCUACCGCCCGGGAUUCCUCUGCCUUACACGUCGGCCGCGUCCUUCCAGAGCCUCCUGGCGAACAUAUCGGCCGCGCAGAGGCCGAAAUUGGUCCGUGGUUCACCGCCGCCGCCACCGCCGCCUCCACCGGCGCCCGCGAUCAGCCUGCCUCAUCCACCGGUCCCGCCCCCGCCACCUACGGCCACAUCCCCCCAGGGUUCACCCACAGGCAGCGUCGGAUUGCCCGACAUCGAUCGACGGACCAACAGUAUCGCGUCCCUCAGAUUGAAGGCCAGGGAGUACGAGCUACACCUAGAGAUGCUACGGAAAAACGGCGACCUGAUCAGCUGAAGAGACCUCGUACACGGAUGAACAACACCUAGGUACGGCCAUACGAACGCUGCUCGCGAUGAUUCUCACCUGUCGGUAUGGUCCACGCAAUGGUACCACCGUGUCGCGCGAUCAUGAUCUCUAGCCGUUGAAUCGUCGUGGUUCCUUUGACCCGAAUCCGAGAAACGGACCCGGUAGGAACCUGAGCAGCGGAAAACAUAGGACACAGGGGACGACUUAAAACCGAUUUUGAGAGAAAGAGGAUAACCGAUUUCAAUUGUAACUCGCAUCCCCCGUUUUGUCCGCAACUUUCGUAGGUAUCGUGCAAGAUACGAGAGCCAAAGAACUUCCAUCGAAGUGGCCGAACACUUUGUACCGUUUUCGGUAGCGUGUGUAACAGCGACGGAAGGUUGACCGAUUAAAAUUGUUCUUCCUGC